AUGCCUUUCUGUUCCUCUAAGAAAACCCGAGAAAAUUUAGAGAGAGAAACUCACGGUUUCAACGGAAAAUAGAAAGAAAGCUCGAGAAAAUCUACUGAGCUCAGCCAAACAUAAGCUUGCCGGUUAACAGUCUACCAGGGGAAGGUGAAACUUUGACACAUGGGGACGAUAUCUGAAUCAGAAGUUGAAAGCAGUUGCAGCAAGCCUCUUGGAAUUCAGUUCUUAGAAUUGAUAAGGAGACGGAAGCUCUCCUACAAGGCCUUCCAAGCUAUUGUCUUGUUUGUAACUUUUUUUGCUUAUGCCAGCUACCAUGCUGCAAGGAAAACCACCAGUGUUGUUAAGAGUGCUCUUGAUCCUCAAUCAUCAGAUACAGGGUUGAAGUUCCCGUUGAGGAUGAGUUACCUUAAUGAACCAGCCGAAAACAGAAAAUUUUCUUGGUUGCUUAGUGAUGGUUGGGCACCAUUUAAUGGAUCGGAUGGGACAGCUCUGCUUGGUGAUAUCGACCUAGCUUUCUUAUCAGCCUAUGCUAUAGGAAUGUAUUUUUCUGGUCACUUGGGUGAUAGAAUGAAUUUAAGAAUCCUUUUAACAGUGGGAAUGGUAGGAACUGGUUUGUUUACCUCAUUUUUUGGUGUUGGUUACUGGGCAAACGUCCAUAGCUUCUACUAUUACUUGAUUUUACAAAUGCUUGCUGGUUUGUUUCAAUCAACUGGGUGGCCUUCAGUCGUUGCAGUUGUUGGUAACUGGUUUGGAAAGAAAAAGAGAGGGCUGAUCAUGGGCAUAUGGAAUGCUCACACAUCUAUUGGGAACAUUACUGGUUCUUUGGUUGCCUCAGCAUUGUUGAGCUAUGGAUGGGGUUGGUCGUUUGUUGUUCCGGGUCUCAUUAUUGCUUUCAUUGGAAUGGUGGUUUUUCUCUUAUUGCCUGUUAGUCCUGACACUAUUGGUGUUGAUAGAGAAGAAGAUGAAUUGCAUUCUCCCAAGAAAAGUGGAGACAAAGUAUCUGAGCCUCUACUGAGAUCAGAUCCCGAGCUUAAGGAAGAAGCUGUGGGGUUCCUAGAAGCAUGGAAAAUCCCUGGGGUGGCUCCAUUUGCAUUUUGCCUCUUCUUUGCCAAGUUGGUUGCUUACACAUUUCUCUAUUGGCUCCCAUUUUACAUUAGCCAUACAGCCAUUGAGGGGAAGUAUCUAUCUAGUACAGCAGCUGGAAACUUAUCAACAGUGUUUGACAUUGGAGGGGUGCUAGGAGGGAUCUUAGCCGGCCACAUUUCUGAUCACCUGAAUGCUAGAGCUAUAACUGCUGCAAGUUUCAUGUAUUGUGCUAUCCCUGCUCUCUUUUUCUAUCGUUGCUAUGGACAUGUUUCCUUGGCAAUCAACAUUGCCCUCAUGUUCAUUACUGGAAUGUUCGUCAAUGGGCCUUAUGCUCUCAUAACAACUGCUGUCUCGGCUGACCUGGGAACACACAGUUCGUUAAAAGGGAACUCAAGGGCGUUGGCAACUGUAACAGCUAUCAUAGAUGGAACAGGUUCUGUGGGGGCUGCAAUUGGACCAGUAUUGACAGGUUACAUUUCUGCUAAGAGCUGGACUGCAGUUUUUACCAUGUUGAUGGCAGCAGCUCUGGUCGCAGGGCUGCUACUUACUAGACUUGUUGUGACUGAGGUGGCUGCAAAGAUUUCUGAAUCAAGAUCAGAAGGAGGAUCAAUAUCAAGCUCCGGAGAACUAGAUGUCUGAUGCAUUAGGGGGCGCACAGGCUUUUGGAUUUCUAUUUUUAUGGUGUGCUACUGUCUGGGUCUACUUAGCUCUUGUUGUAAAAUGAAUAGAAGAAGACCCUUUGAUUAUGGCUAGGGCAUAGAUGAUACAUUUUACACACCUCCAUGAUGUUUUACUUUGAUACUUGGAGGAUUACUAUUUUUAAGGAGGAAAUGUUACCAAAAAGGAAGAAAAAAAAAUGAUAAUGCUCCUUACCCAUCUCCAUUUGUACACGUAAUGUAUGUUGUACAAUUCUAAGCACCGCCAUAUUGAAAUGGUGUCUGAUUUAGAAUCACACGUUGGUAAUUUUUCUUUGGAUUAUCAGUUAAGAGCAAGGUUGAGAAUCAGGCCAGCAAUUAUCCUGUAUGAAAUUAAAAACAUUUGGCUAUA